UCUCAGGAGCAGAUCCAUGUGCCGGUCUAUCACCCGACGCCCAGCCGGUCCCGACUGGCCUCUCAGCUGACGGAGGAGGAGCAGAUCCGCAUCGCUCAGAGAAUCGGACUCAUCCAUCACCUCCCGAAGGGGGUGUACGACCCGGGGAGGGACGGCUCUGAGAAGAAGAUCAGAGAGUGUGUGAUCUGUAUGAUGGACUUCGAGUACGGAGACCCCAUCCGGUUCCUGCCCUGCAUGCACAUCUACCACAAGGACUGUAUAGACGACUGGCUGAUGAGGUCCUUCACCUGCCCCUCCUGCAUGGAGCCUGUGGACGCCGCGCUGCUCUCCUCCUAUGAGACCAACUGACACACACACACACACACACACACACACACACACACACACACACACACACACACACACACACACACACACACACACACACACACACACACACACACACACACACACACACACACACACACACACACACACAUCUAUAUUCCCACAGACACACCACAGGGUUUUCACACAUACACUAUGCACACAGCUUACAUCUUGCAAACCUGUAUCCUGGAUUAUUUAGGUGCUGAUAUAAAAAGUGACAUUGUAAAAUGUU